CAUAAGACUGAGGAGGGGCAUAGGCAAUGGUUAGCCCCUCCUGGACUCUUGAUAAUACAGGCAUGCUCUGAACGCCCUCCACCAGGCUAAUCCUGAGCUUAGACUGGAAUUUCUCCUAUAGAGCUGUCUUCCACACACAAUCGAAGGACCUGAAAGACAGUACGGAGCCCUUGGCCAAGCUUUUCCCACUAAUGCUCUUGAAUGAGGGGUGCCGGCACCUCCCUUGAUUUCAGGAAAUGAAGCUGCCCCACACAUUCCCCCUGACUCUUCUCUUCCUCAGUUGCCUAGAAUGUAACCCUUUCAAGAAGGGUGAGGAUAACAGUGAAAAAGGAAAACUUUCUUUCCCUUGGGCUCAGUCUGGCCAGUUCUCCACCCGUGACAAGCAUCUGUGCAGUUGGCAACUCAUCUCUGGGGAAAGGGAUACUGAGCUCCAGAUCACCUGUCAUCCGGCAGAAGGAGAGGCACAGAGGUGUGUCUACCGGGGCCGACCAGAGUUAUGUGCUGCCUAUGGUGCCAAAGGCCGUCAGUUCUGGAAGCAGAUCCUGGGAAAGCUCCGCCGGAAGCGCCAUCCCUGCCAGGACAUCAGCCCUCUCAAAUCCAGGCUUUGUAGCAGCCAGGAGGAGGCCUCUGAAGCCCACUUACACCUGGUGCAAACCACCCCAAGCACAGACACCCUGGUAGCCACUGCGAGUGUCACUCAGGGAAGUUCCAAGGGGAAAGGCCAUGGCAAAAACCUACUAGCAUCACAGAGAUCACCGCAAGUACCCCAAGACACGACCAUCACCAAUCCAGCAAAGAAUGGUGCUUUGAGGAAGCAAAAGAAAGGGGGAAAGAGGAAAGGAAACCCUAACUCUCCAGCAGCCCCAACCCGUCCACCCCAUAGGCAGCCUACGACAGCAGUUGUGGAAGGCAGGGUACAGCCCACAGAGCUCAAUGCCGAUGUGGUGGACACUUAUUGUGAAGAAAAAUGGCAUUCCUUGUGUACCUUUUUUGUAAAUUUCUGGAAUGGCUGAACUUUCAGGGUAAGAGGAAGGGAGAAUGGAGGUGUACAGCAGAAGACUUAGUGAUAAAUAUGGAAGGGAUUGUUUGAUAUAAGGGCAGAAACAAACAAGGUCGGGUGAAAGGAAAAGGUGGAGUGGCAAUGAUUAAAGAUUUGUAAUUUUGUGCAAUUUUGGGGCUUUAUGUGACACAUAAUUUACUCAUUCCUAUUAAUCUUGAUAAUAAAGACACUAAGGGGUUGUGGAAGCUAUGUUUGCAUAGGAUUUGUGCAUUAAUACACAAUACAGAUCCUUCCUUUUCCUACACUAGAGGGGAUCCAUUUGUAGUACACUGCUCUGCUGCUUCAGAUAAUUUCUUUCUUUACAAUGACUGAGAUGCUAAUCUGUAAUUGUAACAAAUUAUACGGGAUUAUCGGUCACUUAUGGAUCUUUAUUUUAUCUUUUGGAAAUGUCUAACAACUGUAUAACAAAUGCUGAUGUAGUUGCUAUCGAGUGUUAAAAAAACUAUGUUAAUGGCAAUAAUAAAUGAAGUUCUAUUACACA